AUGGCUGACUGUGUGGAAUCAUCUAGUCUCGGAGCGUUUGCAUUCUUGGGUUUGCUAUUCUCUUUUUUCAUCCCCGAAACCAUGGGAAUGUCAUUAGAGAAGCUAGCCGGUGAAGAACAGUCAGAGUCAGAUGAUGAAGAGAUCCCAAUCAACCCAUGGCUUGACAAGCUAUGGGCGUGGCUCCGAAAGUCGACUCUGCGAAACCAUUCGAACGGUGUAGAGAUGAGGGAUGACCUCCAGAUUCCGCUAUCGAGGCCUGAAGAGGUUCGUGAUGCAACAUCAACCAAUCUUCGAAACCAUCCAGGGGAACCGAAAUUCGAUGGCGGCUUGAAGGUGCUCGAAGGCGAGUUUGAUAAGGUCUCCGGAGGUAGCUCCGACAGGUCCAGGAGUGCUGAUCGGGAUGAAAUUCAAAGGAUCGCUUAA